AUGACGGUGCGGGGCACCUGGCCAGGAGCCCCAACGGUGCGUAUUGAAGCUUUGGAGGCAACCGACCAAGUAGGAAGCACCGGCCCGUACCAAACUACAGAAUUUGCAAGAAAGCUGUGGGUGGAGAAUGAAAAUUUGGCAGACGACUGCUUCGAACGUGAAGGAGGAGACGAGGACGUCGGGAUUCUUGUUGGAAUGGACCGAAUGUUCAACAUUAUGUUCAACGAGCCAGCAACUAAAAGCCCGUGCGGACUCAGAGCCUACACUUCAAAACUUGGAAAAGUCAUCGGCGGUCCAUCACAAGAAAAAACAUCGAAACGAAGUCAAACAAUUGUCAGCCAGCUCCCAAUUAAUUCAAAUUGCUCUCUACCACAGAUCACCUCACAGCCAUCAAAAUUUUUCAACAGCAUCCAACCAGACCACUCGGAAAGCAAGGAGACAGGAAACUCCAGUCUCCUUCCACUACCAGAAAAUUCAGAACAGAUCUGCUUUUUCGAUACGACAAAAGAAACAAAAGAAAAUUUCGCGAAUCUGAACGACUGUGUUGCUGUGGAGAAGGACGAUCAAUUCCGCUCCUUCUGCGAAGAAAUCACGCGAUUUGACGACGGCAGAUAUUGCACGCCAAUUCCAUGGACAACUGACAGAUGGAGACUGGAAAUCAACCACCAGAUGGCAGCAGGAAGACUGCGGGGCAUGCUGACCAAGUUACGCAAAUCUCCAGUCGACUUGGCCAACUACACCAAAGAAAUCGAUCAACUAAUAGCAAACGGAUUUGUAGAAGAGACUGAUUUCAAUUACGAUGGCCUCCACACUUAUCUACCGCAUCAUCCAGUCUACCGGACAGACAACGCCACCACAAAAAUCCGCCCAGUUUUCGACGGCGCCGCAAGAUCCAAAUAUGGACCGAGCCUCAACGAUGUUUUGGAGACCGGACCAAAUCUCAAUCCCGAUCUCCUCACGGUCUUAAUGAGUUUCCGGAUGAACCGGAUCGCCUGGAUUGCGGAUAUUGAAAAAUCAUUUCUCAACAUCGCGCUGCAGCCCGAAGACGCCGAAGCAGUCAGAUUUUUAUGGCCAAGGGAGCCGAAAAAUCCCAGCUCCGAUUUCAUCGCAUACAAAUGGAAAAGAGUUUCAUUUGGGCUAAGUUCAAGUCCAUUCCUUUUAAGAGUCACCAUUGAUAAGCAUUUUCUCUCAGUCAAACCUAAAUUUCCAAAGACAGUCGAACAAAUAGAAGAGCAACUUUACGUGGACGACUACCUUGGAGGAGCAGACAACGUCCCAACAGCCAUAACUACGGUGGGAGAAACCGUCACGUCAUUUUCAGAGGCCCAACUCAACAUGAGGAGCUGGGCAACAAACAACAAGCAGCUCCGUGACUUUCUCACCGAAAAAGAAAUGUCGAACCAGAUUUUCGGAAUCCUUUCACCUACAAUAGAUGGCCAGCAAAAGGCACUGGGUCUUAGAUGGGACACGAGCUCCGAUUCAUUUAAAUUUGACCCUACAUCUAUAAUGGAAGUAGCCGUGGAUAUAGGAGCAAAAAUCACCAAGAGAAAAAUUCUGAGCAUCUCAGCAAGGAUAUUCGACCCAAUUGGUUUUCUAGCGCCCACAGUUUUACUUUUAAAAAUUAUUUAUCAAAAACUUUGGGAAGGAGACAUAGGUUGGGACGAUGACGCCACACCCGAAGUGAAGAACACCUGGAGCAGCAUCAUGAAAGGUCUGAAGGAUCUACAUCAUUUGGAGAUCCCACGAUGGAUCGGUUAUUCAAAAACUUCCAUCGUUUCCGCAGAACUUCACGUGUUCGGCGAUGCAUCAGAAGCAUCCUACGGAGCAGUAGCCUACGCACGGCUCCAACUGGAGAACGGAAUUCCUUACACCAUCCUCCUCGCCAGCAAAACAAGAGUGGCGCCUCUUCCAAAGAAAAAAGUAACAUUACCCAGACUCGAACUACUAAGCUCUUUGUUAGCAAUUCGUUUAGGAGAGAAAAUUCGAACCUCCCUUCACACCGAGUCAUGGAAAACGACUUACUGGACAGACUCCCUCGUCACACUUGGAUGGAUAAGAGGAGAUUCCUAUCAUUGGAGACCGUUCGUGCGAAACCAAGUGGAAACCAUCAGAAAAUUUUCCAACGCGGAUUGGUGGAGACAUUGCCCCGGAUUGGAGAAUCUAGCCGAUCUCGCUUCGCGGGGAGCGCCAGCGCAUGCGCUGGUGGAAUCGAAACUUUGGUGGCACGGACCAGCCUGGCUGACAGAAGUAGAAAGCGAAUGGCCGAAUUCUCCAGAAAACCACUCCACCGAAACUCAAGAGAAAAUCGAGGAAGAGGAGACAAAGAAAACGGCGACUGUCUUCUUUGCAGCAGUCGAAACCACCGAGCCAAUUGAAUGGUACCUCGACAAAACCUCUACAUGGAACAAACUACUUUUCAGAUCAGCCUGGGUCCUCAGAGGAAUCAACCGUAUGAAAAAAAGAACGCGCGACCCAGUACUCGAACUAAAAGAAAUCAUUAUAGUCGCCGGAAAAGAAAUAACAAUCGACAAGAUAGUCACAGAAGAGCUGAACGAAGCGGAGCUAGCCAUCUGCAGACAGCUCCAAAUAGAACGUUACCCCAAAGCCUUUCGGACACUCCAGCUUGGACUGCAGAUUCACCCAAAGGAGAAAAUCUCAUCGCUGCGACCGGUCUGGGACAAUCGAGAUCGACUCAUCCGAGUCAUUGGAAGAGUGGCGCUCGCCCUCAGGGAUCGAGUCAUUCAACCACCGAUCCUUCUCCCAGCAAAUCAUCCGGUCGUAACUAUGUUAAUAACCAAUAGACAUGUAUUUAAUUCACACACAGGAGUCAAAACAACGCUGUCAGAACUAAAAGAAAAAUAUUGGAUCAUGAGAGGGCGCCAACAAGUGAGAAACGUUUGGUUCACCUGUGUGAAGUGCCAGAAGCUGACUUCACCUCCUUUCCUACAAGUAGCAGCGCCAUUGCCAGCGAACCGACUCCGCGAUGCCAGGGCAUUCGAAAUAACCGGAACCGAUUUUGCUGGCCCACUGUACUACAAAAACGCGACGCCGAAAAGGAAAUCCAAGUCGGCGCCAUCCGUCAAACGAGUCAUACCGGAACCUCCACCAGAAGAAGAGAACCCGGAUGCAGCGGAGCCUCCCACCGAAGAAGCUCCCGAAGAAGACGAUGGCGACCAAUCGGAUCCAGCGCAACAAGUUAACAAAAAGCAACCGAAAAGUUACGUGUGCAUCUUUACGUGUGUCGUGACGAGAGCGAUUCAUCUGGAGUUAACCAAGGACAUGACGGCUCGCUCCUUCCUGUUAGCUUUCCGUCGAUUCUCCGCCAGAAGAGGCUCAGUGUCAGUGAUGUACAGUGACAAUGCCCAAACUUUCCGUUGUGUGUCUCGAUAUCUCAAAAACAUUCGAUUCGACCCGUCCGUUCACGACCUCCUCGCCAUGAGAAGAACCAGCCGGAUCUUCUCUGUUAGCCUCGCUCCAUGGUGGAGCGGAUUCUGGGAGAAGAUGGUGAGAAUCACGAAAGAUCUAUUGAAACGAUCCAACGGGCGCGCAUGUCUCGCGUACGACGAGCUGGAAGUGAGUUUAAUCGAAACGGAAAGUGUGAUCAACGCGAGACCGUUGAACUACAUUGGAGAAGGAGCGGACGAUCCGCUCCCGAUCACUCCGAGUCAAUUUCUCAACAAUCGUCGUUCAACUUGUGCUACGCCGGAGCCAGCAGUCAAUCUAUUGGCUCCCGAUUCAACAAGUGAACUACUUAAGAAAAUGGAUCAGAACAGGCGUGACUACGUCAGCAACUUGUGCUCGCGGUUCGUCUCCGAUUACCUGAUGCAGCUGGAUAAUUUUCACGCAAAAGGAGCUUCGGGCAGAAAAAUUCGCGUCGGAGAAGUUGUCGUAAUCCACGACAAGCUUUCCAAACGGCUCAUGUGGGAGACGGGAGUAGUUAAGGAAUUACUCCCCAGCUGCGACGGCUUAGUUCGAUCCGCGAUCGUUAAAUUACCAAACGGUAAAUUAUUAACACGAGCCAUUCAAUGUUUAUGUCCCGUAGAACUGAGAGAAGACCAACCGGAAGAUGUGGAGACCGCAGACGGUGUAUUGAAUCCGGAGCCAGCUGAAGCAACUGCUCAACAAUUUCCAAAUCCACCCAAUCCGGCUCCACUCCCAUUGUUUCCGAUCGAUCCAGCUGACGUCGAAGAAGAUGAUCAUGUGGCCAAUCCGGCCGCAACUGACGUCGGCGAGGUCGAGGCCCAAGGCAUGGGCUCUGGUGGGGAGUAUGUUGGAAACGAAAGACGUCCCCAACGGCCGACGACGAGAUCCGGCCGAACAACCAGGAUUCCGGCCCAUUUACGGGAAUACGAUCUUCGGGGCCCCCGAUAG